AUGGCAGCGUAUGACCGAUUCAGCAUCCAAGCGCAACUUCAGCAUCUCCAGAGUAAAUACCAAGGCACCGGCAACGCGCAAACAACGAAACUGGAGUGGGCAACGAGCAUCCAGAGAGACACCCUCGCCUCGCAUGUGGGGCACUACUCGCGACUGGCUUACUUCGCAGUCGUGGAGAACGAAAACGUGAAGCGUCUGCGCUACCGAUUUCUGAACCAACUAGCACGGCCCGUUGCCUUCCCCGCAGAGGAGGCAGAUAACAAGGAGGACGACGACGCGGAGAAGAAGGGGCCGGAGGGAGGAGAAGAGCCUUCCGGGAAAAGUGAAGAGUAG